GCAAAAACCCUAAUUUUAAAAUAACCAGGGUUUCUUGUGGGUCGUCGGAGUCUAUAAAACGGCUCUCAACUGCUUCUCUUGAAAUCAGAUCUCAUCAGUGUAGCGCCAAUCAGAUCCUUGUCUUGGUUUAACUUGGAGAUAGUGUUGAAAACUUCCGUAGCUGAAAAUGAGUCGGCCAAUGGAAGAAGAGACGGUAAAGAAUGAGGAAGAGGAAUUUAACACAGGACCACUGUCUGUUCUGAUGAUGAGUGUCAAAAAUAACACUCAGGUUCUCAUCAAUUGUCGUAACAAUAAAAAACUUCUGGGUCGCGUGAGAGCCUUCGAUCGCCACUGCAAUAUGGUUCUGGAAAAUGUCAGGGAGAUGUGGACUGAGGUACCAAAGACUGGGAAAGGCAAGAAAAAGGCACUUCCUGUUAACAAGGACAGAUUCAUCAGUAAGAUGUUCCUUAGGGGAGAUUCUGUUAUAAUUGUUCUCAGAAAUCCUAAGUAAAUUUAGUACAUUAGGUUGUGUCAGUUAUGAAACUUCCUGUGCGUUUAGACUUUUCCCUCGUAGUUUAUAUUACCCUGAUGCCCACAACAUUUACCUUUUAAACACGCUAUCUCAACCACCAACUUUGAUGUGAGUUACUGAAGCUACCGUAUUGAGUAGUCUUAUGUUUGUAAAUUACUAAAUGCAGUAAACUUGACAGAAGGUUUUUUAGUGA